AUUUUGGUCUCGCUACUACGCCGUACCAAAAGCGUAUCUGAUUGGUUGAGCCACCGCCGGUCCAGCAUUCCGGUGGCAUCGUCUGGACAACGUUUGAAAGGAUGAGUCUCAGAAAGCAAACCCCCAGUGACUUCCUGAAGCAGAUCAUUGGCAGGCCAGUGGUGGUCAAGCUGAACUCUGGUGUCGAUUACCGAGGUGUCCUGGCUUGCCUGGAUGGUUACAUGAACAUCGCCAUAGAGCAGACAGAGGAGUAUGUCAACGGGCAGCUCAAAAACAAAUACGGUGAUGCCUUUCUAAGAGGAAACAAUGUUCUUUAUAUCAGCACACAGAAGAGGAAAAUCUAGUGAUGCGCUCUUGUUUCGUUUUGUUUUUUGUGUCAUUUUGGUUUGUUUGUUAUGGAUGUUAUUUUUGUGUUUGACCA